AUGACGUGGCCUACUAUAUUUGAUGCUAAAGUGGAUGGAUAUAGUGCAAUGGAUCUUCCUGGCCAACAAAUAGCUGCUGCACAUGCUAAUUCACCAAUGGCUCAUCUAUUAAACUUGGACAUAGACGCUGAUCCAGCGUGCCAAAGACUUUCAGGAAUUAUGGCAUCGAUGGGGCCCUCAACGUUCGACAUUGGCAUUAUGGAAAAGAUGAUGGCAGUGGGUAUGAACCUCGCUUAUGUGAAUAUGUCAUUUGGGACAAGAGAAGAAAAUAGGGAAAUUAUUAAAAUGUUACGAGAAGCUGCUAAGAGCUUCAGUAUUACUAUGGGAAAGACAUACCCCUUAGCCAUUGCUAUGCGUUUGUCUGGACGGAAAAUGAGAACAGGGCGUAUUAUCGAAAGUUUAGGUGACAGUGUAACACUAGAAGAGGGUUACGCUGUGAAACUGACAACUGAUGAGACCUACCACGACAGAUGUUCCAAUUCUACAAUAUAUGUGGACUACAUGUAUUUAGCUGAGCAACUGCAUACCGGUGACACUAUUUUACUGGAUAAUGAAACCAUAGUGCUAAAGGUUGAAAUGAUUUCUGCAACAACAUUGACAUGCAAAAUAGAACGAGGCGGCAUUUUAGGAUCUUACAAAGAUGUGUUCGUACCAAACGUUGUAUUUGCUAUGCAAAAUUUACCAGAAAAGGAUAUUCUUGACAUUGAAAUGGCGUUACAGGAGCAGAUUGACAUUAUUAUACCCUCAAACGUGACCUGUGCGGCUGACAUCACCGAACUAAGAACUGUACUUUCAGAUAAAGGAAAAAGAGUAGCAAUAAUGGCGAACAUUCAAACUAUUCAAGGUUGCCAUAAUUUUGAGGAAAUUCUAAAGGAAGCUGAUGCGAUUCUAAUAAAUCGACAAGAACUAGGAUCAGAUAUUACUCCAAAGAAACUAGUACGGGCCCAGAAGAAAAUGAUCGUGCAAGCCAAUAAGGCGAAUAUUCCCAUCUGCAUUAGUGCUCAUCUUCUAAAUAGCAUGAUAUAUAACAAAGUUCCACUUAGAGCCGAAGUGCUUGACAUAGCCAACUGUAUUCUGGAUGGUGCUGACUUUCUACUACUCGGUCCUGAAACAGCAGUUGGAAAGUUUCCGGUAGAAACUAUUACGUAUUUGAGCAAUGCAUGCAAAGAAGCCGAAACCUGCGUAUGGUCAAAAAGAGUUUUCACGGACCUAAUUGAUAUGAUACCAUUGCCAUGUGACCAGCAAACAUGUACAGCAACAGCGGGUGUACUAGCUGCUCAACGAUGUAUGGCAGCAGCAAUCGUAGUGAUCACAACUACGGGUAAUUCAGCGCAUAUUGUUGCGAAAUUCCGACCUAGAUGUCCAAUAAUUGCUGUAACGAGAUAUGUACAAGUAGCGAGACAGAUGCAUAUGUGGAGAGGAAUCAUACCGAUUAUUUAUGAAGAUGAUCCGGAUAUCACAUGGAUGCGAGAUGUUGAGAAACGCGCCAACUGUGGCGUGAGGUGGGCUAUAGAAAAGGGAUUCGCAAGAGAUGACGACCCUAUAGUGAUCAUCUCGGGAUGGAAAAAUGGAAGUGGCACUACUAAUACAAUGAGAGGGGCAAAGGAGCAGACGAGUCACCUAACGGGGUGCAAACGAGCAGAGGGGUCAUCCGGUGGUGAGUAA